CCCUCUCCCCCUCCCUCUCCCCCUCGCUCCCGCCCUCGGCCUCCCAUGGCCCAUGGCGGACCCGCCCCCCCCACCGCCCCAGGGGCUGGGCUCCCCGGCGGCCUGGGCCAGCCCGCUGCCGCCGCCGGGCAGCCCCUCCGAGAGACGGGGCAUCGCAGGCGGUGCCGGCCUGUCGCAGCGCCUGGGCGCAGCCUCCCCGCUGAGCACUUCGCUGCUGCGGCUCACGCGGCCGGCGGCGCCAGUUCCCCCGCGCUGCCCGCGCGCGGGGGAGGGCGCGUGGCCGCGCUCCGCCAGCAGCGGGUCCCGAAGCCUGCCGCGCCUGGAGCCGCUCAGCCCAUCCGUCUCGCCGACCGGUCGGAGCCGCGGCAGCGGCGGCGGCGCCAGCCUUGCUGAGCUGCCUCCCGACGACGGCAGGGCGGGCCCACCGCCGCUGCCGGCGCUGCGGGCCUGGGCGUCCCCGAAGGGCGCCGGCCCAGGCCUUUCAAGCCCAGGAGCCGGCGGCGGAGGCACGGGUGCCUACCCGCCGCCGCUGCACAGCAGCGACGGGGAGUCCGCGCUGGCGCGCUUCCAGCGCGGUGUCGCACAGGUUCGCCCCCAGCUGCAGCAGUCAGAUCCCAACGCCGCCACGGCGAGAGGGCCCGUCAAGUGGGCGCCGCACUUCCACUCGAACCCCAAGCACGCCAAGUUCUGCUUCCUGUGCCUGCAUAGCAGGCUGCACGGCGCGCAGCAGGCCGCCUCCGAGGAGACAUCGAGCGGCGCGGCCUCUGAUGACGACCUGCCGCCGCCCGCCGAGCUUCAACGGCUGGGCUACUUGCACAGCGGCAGCGCCGGCUCCAGCUUUCGUCGCGAGCCCGUGGACUUCGAGCAGGGGAACGUGGCGGCUACCUGGCUGCGGUGGGUGCAGGACCGCGCGUACGUGAGCCUCGUCAAGCCUUUCAUCGCCGAGCACAACAGCAGGCAAAGCUGCGGAAACGACGUGGGUCUGGUCUUCCACCACGAGGAGGAGAAGGACAGGGAUGUGCUCGCUGGGAUCUUCUCGCUCACGGAGCGCCAGGAGGUCAACGUGCACUUGCGACUUGAGAAGCUCGGGCGCUGGUGCGCGUCGAGGGAGACGGGCCUGAUGGACGUCAUGCCAGAACCAGCGAGGAGGCCACCACUUCCUCACGUGGAGCCUCUCGGCCAGAGCCAGCUGGAGGUGCUGCGCUACAGGCCGCUGCUGGACGCCGACCUGCUCCGGGGCAGCUCCGGCAGGGCCGCCCGCGAGGCGGCGCGCGCGGCGGACGCCUCUGCGGGCCGCCUCGGCGCGGAGGGACCGCCGAGGCCGGCCACGAGCCCCAGCGCCCCGGAGGCGGAGAUCCUCGCGUUCCCGCUGACGGCCGACCUCGUGCCGCAGUACGAGCCCUGGCUCCCGCGGGCGCCCCGGCGGCGGCCGGUGGACGCGAGCGUGGACCCGCUGGAGCGGCCCUUCCUCAGCCUCCCGUCCUUCGCGGAGGGCGUGAUGCCCCAGUUCGGCACGGGCGGGGGUCUCGCUCGGGCGCGGCCGCCGAGGCCGGCGCCAGUACCGGAGGAGUGCCUGAGCCAGACGUUCAGCCUCUUUGAGGACAACAACGCCGCGCUGCGGGAGCAAGCCCAGUGCUGGGGCCAGGUGCCGCCCAGGCCGACCCCGUCGGCGCCCCUGAUCGAGGACCCAUGCCGGCCGCCCACGCUGGUGGUCGGGGCCGGCGAGCGGGGCAGGCUGGUGGACCCCUGCCUGUGGGACCCCGACCUGCGCACGCCGGCGGGGAAGACGGUGCCGCCGCUGCAGGAGUACGGGACGGCGAUCUACAGGGCCUACAGCAUCCCGCACCCAGACGAGCCCUUCUGGACGAGGGUCCUGUCGCCCGUUCGGGACUACGGGGUCAAGAUCCGCGACACCAUCUCGCUCGUCCCCGUGAGGUCCUUCCGCAAGUUCCGGCCGCAGGCGGUCUCCGUCGCCUUCCCGAGGUUCCUCUUCGACCUCGCCUUUGAGGACCCGUCCGGGCAGGACACCUGGGCGGUCCUGGCGCAGCGGCGCGCCGUGCCGCCCCUCGUGCGGCAGGCCGAGGCCGCGCGCGAGCGCGCCGCCGCGGAGGCGCGGCGCGGCUCCGAGCUGCCAGCCCCCGCGGGCGGCCCGCCCGCCGCCGGGGCCCCGCCCGCCGCGCCCGCGCAGCAGGCGCGGCUGCGGCCGCCCCCCGGCGCAGAGGCCGCCCGGCCGCCGCGGCAGGCUGCCGCGGCG